AGGAAGUUCUGCAUCUGUUCGGCUCUUUGCUCGCCUAAAGACUUCGCCCUGUUCUCUCUCUGAUCAAACACCCAUUCACGAAUCCAACCUCCGACGCGUCCAGACCUUCCCGAAUCGAGCACAAAGACGACAGCCGGAACUGACGUUCGCGUACAUCGUCUUCUGCGAUCCAAAUCGUUUCUCUUUCGCGACAGAGUGGUUCAUUCCGAAGAGCUUUAUUCCGCGCGCUGGGAAGCCCCGAGAUCAAUCCCACGACGUCGAUUGCAUCCCCAAGCUCGAUACGACAGAUCUCUAGUGAGUUAAAAGUGUUUUUUCGGGGCAAAAGCAGCCCGGCAAGCGAAGAGGCUCCGGGACCAAAGCAACAGGAGGAUAUGGGCCCGAUGCCGGAGGCUUCAGGAUCAGGUGUGGCCGACGAGUCGGAUUAUUCGACUUUCGAGAAUAAAACCGGCCUGGCCGAAGACAUGAAGUUCUUGGCGAGUAUGCCGGAACUUUGUGAUGUGACAUUCCUUGUCGGUGAUACCAGGGAGCCCGUUUGCGCCGUGAAGGCUGUGCUUGCGGCCAGAAGCAGAGUUUUUCACAAAAUGUUAUAUCAAACUCCGAGCCCGCAACGCAAAAAAGAACCGCCGGCGCGAGAAAACAAGAUUCGGCUUUUCCUCAAGCGUAGCUCCGAGCCGUUGUUGAAUUUACAGAACGCGGCACAACAGCCGCAAUCAAAUCAGCAUCACACGCUGAUUAUCGAGGAAUUCGAGCCCGAUGUCUUCCGGCAGCUGAUCGAGUACAUUCACACGGGAUGUGUGACAUUACAGCCUAGGACUUUGCUUGGUGUUAUGAAUGCCGCCGAUUAUUACGGAUUGGAAGAGCUUAAACAAGCCUGUCAUGGUUUUAUUCAAUACUGUAUAACUGUCGAUACGGUCUGCGCUUUAUUAGCAUCAGCGGAGCGUUAUAUUCAGUAUAAAUGCACAAAAUCUUUGGUACAAAGGGUGCUGGAAUUCGUCGAUGAACACGGCAACGAAGUAUUGAAUCUGGGAUCUUUCACAUUACUGCCGCAACACGUUGUCCGAUUAAUACUUGCCAGAGAAGAACUACGCGCAGACGAAUUUACGAAAUUUCAAGCAGCGCUAAUGUGGAGUAAAAAAUAUUGUGACAACAAUCAAACUACACCGUUGAAAGACGUAAUAGGUAACUUUAUCGAGUAUAUCCAAUUUCAUAAGAUCCCGGCCACCGUACUGAUGCAUGAGGUGAAGCCGUUAGGAUUAGUGCCGCUGGAGAUUAUCAUGAACGCAUUGGCAUAUCAGGCAGACCCAACCAGUAUCGACCCCGGGAAACUCUCCCCCCACAGAGUGAGAAGACAGGGCCGCAGUAUGUCGGUCCAAUCGUCCCUGGAUCCGUACGGCAGCAACACGACCUUGAGCUCGAGCGGCUCCGACGCCGGAUCGGAUCAAAAACAACAUUCUGGUAGCAACUAACCUCUGGCCACGGCCGCAUUAAUAGCGGCCGUUUCGGACGAGCCUCGACGAAACGAGGAUAUUUCCGGUUCCAACGAAGGAGCGGCGCCGACAGACGAUACUGUCGCACGGGUAAAGGAGCAAAAGGAGUCCCAGUCUCAGCUUCAGGUUCAGGUUCAGGUGGAGCAAGAGCCACGAUCGCAAGAAUCGCAACAUCAGCGAAAGGACAGGGAACAACGAAAGCUUCAACAAGAGCAACAGCAGCUGCAGCGUAAAUUGGAACAGGAAGAACAGAAGUUGCGGCGAAAGAUGGAACAAGAGGAGCGACAGCUACAACAUAAACUGGAACAGGAGGAGAAAGUUUUGCAGCAAAAACUGGAGCAUGAAGAACAACAGUUGCAACGAAAGCUAGAAGAAGAAGAAGAACACAAAUUACGAAACAAGCUGGACAAGAAACAAGAGGAGAAACAGAUUACGCAGUCGAAGGAGAAUAAAGAAACGGAGCAGCAGAAGAAAGAAGAACAACAGGUACGUCUAUUGAAAGAUGAACAGCAGCAUCAAAAGGAGGAUGAUAAGCAGUCGCAACAGAAAGAUGAACCAUCGCAACCGCUGGAAAAGGGCGAACAAGCGCGACUGAGUAAGCAGGAAGAGGGAGCGCAACCCGUAGAAGAGAUGCGUCAGGAAUUGCUCGCGGAGGAGUCACAGCAGAAAAUAGAUACGCCGGCGCAACAGGAAGACGAAAAAAUGCAACGAGAAAAGGAGGAAUCGCAGCUACAACAGUUUAGAGAAUUGCAACAACAGCAACCGCAGCAGCAACAGCCGGGAGUUCGAUCGCUCGAGCCGGUGGGUGGACUUUACAUCAGGAUAGUGUUGAGGCACGAGGGCCGUACGAACCUGGUCUGGCUGUACAAAACGCACAUAUUCUAAAUUCCGAUGAUUCGUUUCGUCGCUUUCGUCUGGAUAUUUGAACGACCUCCUCGUCAAUACGGCUCUACGAUUUUCUCCAUCCAUGUUCAAAAGAUAUUGAGGCGCGUCAGCGCUCUGCGCGCAGAGUUAUCUUUUAUGUCUUAAGGAAGCAUCGACGUUAAUCCUUAAAUAUUUCUAAUGUCGACGCAGAAGCGCACUAUAAACAUCGUCCAUAUAUCCAGCCGCUUCUCGAUUUUCGAGACAAGCGAAGUUUUAACGAUGUUAUCCGGUGUCGCGUUUCGGCCGUGGAGAUGAGCGUCGCUAUUUCUAGAUAUGUAAUAAAUCGAGAUAUUCCAUUAGGAAUCGAUUGUCCACAGUCGUGGAACAUGACAAUUGCGCUCGUGUUAUUGUUGCAGAGAGAAAAAAAUAUAUAUCUGUUAAACGUAAAAUGUGCAAAAACGUAAAUAUGUGCAAUGUACACGAAAAUGCAUCCGUCGCUUCGUUCGUUACGCUUUCUCUAUCGUUGACAGGCACUCGAUAGUAUCGUUCAAUCAUAUGGAUGCAUCAUUGCGAGCAAAUAAUUAAUCGAAUGAGAUAUAUGUGCGUCUAGAGACGCAUUUUUGUUAUAUAUAUAUAUAUUAUAAUUUAUAAUUUAUAUAUUAUAUUUUUAUAUCCAUUUGCAUAUAAUUUAUCUCAUGCAAUUAUAAUUUUUUAUCCCUAAUUUAUCAUAAACUAUAUAAACUGUCAUCAUUCUCAGACUCUAUACUUUUCAUUAUUAUUCUUACUGAAUUCUUAUUAUAUUUAACAUUUUUAUUAUUAAUCAACGAAACCACAUUAUUAUCAAACUUUUCACUAUGACAUAUCCAAUGUGGUUACAAUAACGAUCUCAGAGAAAUACUAUAUACGCUUGUUAAAAAUAGAUCUGAUACUAUAUAGCCAAGAUGCGGAAUAAAUUCCGUAUCAUUUCUGGACAACGUGGACGGUGAUCUGACAUUAACGAAUGACUGGAGAGAGCUCGAUGUUGCCGUAGGCGCUUUUCUAGACAUUAGUACUAAAAAAAAAAAUUCACUUUUUCAAUUGCACCAUCAAUAAUCAGAAACCAGAGAUCGUAGCAAAGCUAUGGUCCGGAUAAACAACAGAAGUCUGAAUACUUGCCAGAUAAAUUUCGCUGAAACGAAUGCUAUUGCCGUAGUGUUUAAUUAGAUGUAAUUGCAUGCGACUAUAUACGAUAAGUUAUAUUUCAGUCCGUUGUAAAUAAACAAGACACAGUAAAAGUUACAGGCACACGCGUGUUCUUGAUAACGACGUUUAAAAAUCAGUCCGGUAAAAGGAUUAUAUAAAAGCACUUUAAUUUUUGAGCGAAAUUUAAUAAGAACAUAGAUCAAAAUACAAGACGUCAACAACAGUUAAGUGUAAAACAUUAAACGCAGCUGUGUUUGUUACCAUAAGUAAUGUUUUAUUACUGUCGUUAUUCGCAGCUUGAUUGCGUAGGUGUUAAUGACAUGUUUAUGAGUGUGGACACAUUUAUCUGUCUAUGUACCAUUGUCUGUUUGUGCGCAGCGAUAUUUCUAUUGUUUUAUACGUAAGACAUACAUGUAAAAAAUAUAUAUACAUAUAUAUAUUAUAUAUAUAUAUAAUAUCGUUGACCUAAUAGCGCGCGAGCUCCGCGUUAUAAUGUUAAUCGAUAUUGCAGUUGAGCUAAAUGUAACGCAAAGUAUCGUGCAAACAUUAUUUUUGCUCGUUUAAGGUGACCUUGAUUAAAGCUAAUUAACAUGUUCACUGUCAUCGACGCGCAGGCGCGUCCAAAUAUUUUGCGCUUGUCACUACCGACCCUUCUAAGCGCCCAAAAUUUUAUACAUCCUGUCUCUCGAUGAUCUUAUCUCGCUAAAAUCAAUUUUUAAGAAAACUAAAAUGAAUUGUUUCUGGCAGAAAUAAAUUUGUAAUAAACAAUUAGUGAUAGUAAACGUGUUAAUUCAAUGAUUUCUUUAUUUAAUUUGCUAUUUCGACGAUUAUACUGGUUUAUAUUUCAUUAUCUUUUGUGUUUACAAAAUUUAAUAUUAUUAUCGUUGGUCUUCCAUACCUAUCUUUAUUUUAUAAUAAUAACGCACACAUGAAAGAAAGUCUCUUCGUUGAAUACAGAUUUGAUAACAUGUAAUAUAUUGUAUGCGUGUUGUGUAAUUUUAGUUUAAAUUCUAUAUAUUAAUUAAGAAAUAUAUAUUUAAUCUUUUGUACAUGUGUACCUUUCCCUUUUUUAGCAAGAGAAAGAGAGAGAGAGAGAGAGGUAUAUCCUAUAUAAAAGUCAUACCAUACAAACAUUUUUUGUCUUAAAAAAAAAGAAACAGAGUUUUAUGGAAUUGUAUAAAGUUCUCGCUGGCGGUCGAUAUAAUUCUAUAUAAAGUUCGAUCUAUCUACUACUGUGAUAUACCGUAGCCAAAUCAGUCCAAGUAUAAAUAAAAACAGGCGUGAUGUCA